AUGGACUCCAAGGCUGUUAAGGAUGCUGUCUUCCAGCAAGUCGUCGCCGAAUCCAACCUGGCUAAUGCUCGAGUCCUCAUCGAGAAAAUCCAGGAAAACUGCUUCGAAAAGUGCAUCACAAAGCCCGGGAGCUCAAUUUCCAGCGGUGAGCAGAGUUGCGCGACUGCCUGUAUGGAGAAGUACAUGAACGCCUGGAACCACGUCAACUCGGCAUACAUCACUCGCGCACGACAGGAGGGUGCCGGCACUCAGUAA